AUUACAGCUUUAAAUUGAGUUGGGUACCACUGCUGUGCAGUGAUAAGAGCUAAAAAGCAACAUUAACAUACAAAAAAUACGUGGCGCUAGCAAGAAGUUCAAGUUCUUAUAUUCUGCAUCGAAUUAUAAUGAAUUAAAGUUGCCGAAAGUAUUACAAAGAAAAAUGACGUUAGCCGAAAUCUUUCUGAUGAGCAUAUACUACGCUUCAGCAGUAUUUACAGUAAUUUUGAUAUCGCUUGUAAUUAUACAAAAGUCGCUUACCACACCAUUGCCGGUGAUAAAACGUCACAAACAGGAGAAGACCUAUCUGGAUCCCAAUAUUUUGAAGAAUAUUGAAUUCCCAAGCAUAGAGGAUGAACCGACGUUAGACUUGAGUGUCAUUGUACCUGCCUACAAUGAAGAGGAAAGGAUGCCCUCUAUGUUGGAUGAAUGUUUGGAGUACUUGGAAGCUAAAUCAAAAGCUGAAAACUUCACCUAUGAAAUUAUUGUGGUAAGCGAUGGCAGUUCGGAUGGCACUGUUGCAUUGGCUUUAAAAUACUCCAAACGUUAUACUGUGGAAAAGGUGCGAGUCUUGGAAUUGGUAGAAAAUCGUGGAAAAGGCGGAGCUGUACGAUUGGGCAUGCUAAGUGCUCGUGGCCGUAAUUUAUUGUUUGCCGAUGCGGAUGGUGCUACGAAAUUCUCCGAUUUAGAUAAGCUGUACGACGCACUGAAUAAUAUCAACAAUAGCUGGAAAAGAGAUGCAGUAGUUAUUGGCUCAAGGGCACAUUUGGAGCAAGAUGCAAUAGCCACAAGAAGUGCAUUUAGAACUUUCCUUAUGUACGGCUUUCACUUUUUAGUAUGGCUUUUUGCUGUGCGUUCUUUGAAAGACACUCAAUGUGGAUUUAAACUAUUGACAAGAUCAGCUGCUAAAAAACUAUUCACCGUUAUGCAUGUAGAACGAUGGGCAUUUGAUGUAGAGCUGCUAUAUCUUGUUGAACAAUUACACAUUCCAGUACGUGAAGUGGCUGUAACUUGGCAUGAAAUUGAUGGCUCCAAACUCACACCAUUUUGGUCGUGGCUACAAAUGGGAGUUGAUUUAUUCCUAAUCUGGUUCCGCUACACAAUUGGAGCAUGGGAAAUUGUUCGCACUAAGCCACACACAGAAUAAUCUCGUUUUUGGUUUGUUUUUUUGACACACAAUUUAGUUCCGUAACUCCAUGUGAAUAUUUAAAAAAAUCCAAGUUUUUUUGAGCUUUUUGCACUAUACAUUUAUUAAUGUAUAAAUAAAAGAAGCUUUUAUAUUUUGUAUAAAAGUUAAAUUUAAACUUUAAGAACAAUUUAUAAGUUAAAGUUUGUUAAAUAUACUACACAUAAUUUUCGUUUAUUUUCGAAAUUAAAAUGUUACUAUUUCCGUAA